AUGCCUUCAGGCAAAUCCUCCUCCAACUCUUCUUCGAAUCACCCGGGGUCAAAACACUCGCACUCCAAGCCAAGCAAGCAUCAUGAGGAUAAAAAAUCGGGUCACCGCCGACAUUCUCAUGGGAAGCUUGUGCCAACUAGCCAUUCCGGCGGUAAAAUAGAACUCGCAGAGCACACAGGCUCCAUCUCUCAUCGUUAUCAGAAGUCCGAAUCAAAAGAUGAUCACAGACAAGAGCUCUAUCAGCUGGACGAGGGAUCCCAAAUUUGGCGAACAUCUGAUGGCACCGUAAUGUAUUGGGAGGUCCACAAGCUAUCCUAUGAAGAACUCUCAGAAGCGAUUUGGAAUUGGGCUGAACGUGGACUGGAGCCAACCCAGAAGCUGUAUAUGGCAAGCCUUCGUCCUCCUCACGCUGGCCAUCGAUCGGGACUGUUGGACUUUUUUUGCUCCCAUCGUCAAAAGCUGGUCCGUGAUCAUAUUCAGCGAAUUUACAGCGACCUCUAUCUUAUUUUGCGCACUUGGACCGAGCUCAAGCAAUACCUAGAGCAACUAAGCGAGAAAAACGUCCCGCAAGAAAGCAGCCAAACCCUCCAAAAGAUCGAGAACAGACUUACUUUCCAUUUGAUGGUUGCCUUGAGAGAGUAUGGCGGCCUGCCUCUUGACGCGAAGCAUCCAGACAAGCCCAGCUGGCCUUCAUCGGGUGAUAAAAAUCUCAAAACGACUCGUCUUGAGCCAGCAGCUCUAGCUUCCACUUCCAACUCGACAUUCACACCUAGUAUCCAUAGUGAGAAAAGCAGCGAAAGGGGUAAAAAUACCGACAGUAAAGCAAUCUGUUGUCAUUGUCAUCAAAUAUUGGACCACAAAGAAACUGAAGAGACAUUAAAACAUAGUACCAAGUUAUCCAUACCCGCAUCGGCAUCCACGCGUAAGGAAGAAUCCUCCAACUCACGCUCUCAAACCUCAAGGUCAUCCAGUCGGAAAGCGGAUAACCACCGAGGUCAGUCGAAGAGCCGGAAAGGAGAUGAACCUAGAAGCAAAUCAAGAAGCCGAAAGGAGAGGGAAAACAAACCUGAAGCAAAAGAUUUCGAAGGAAAAGAUCCAUCAAGCUCUACUCGGGAAGCCGCGAAAAAAAAUGUGAACUCGAAUCGAAGUCGACAUUCUGAAGAGAAGAAGAGUUACGACUCGGACAAUUCAAGUCUAAUUUCUUUUGAUUCAACGCAGUUCUCAAACGCCUUUGGAAUGAUAUUCCAUCAUCGUUAA